GAGUGCAAAAUAAAUGAAGAUGGAGAAAAAAAUGAAAGUAACAAAAUGAAUAAGGUAGUUAGUACAAGAAGUGAUGAAUCUUUACAAGCAAGCAAAAAAGGAGAAAAAAACUUACCCUUGUCAGGUAACCAACCGGUCAGAAAAAUCAAAUGCACAAGUGAAAUACCAAAUAAUGAGAUUAUUAAAAAUAAGCAUAAACUAUUCAAUAAACCUAGAUUAUAUACAAAUCAGUUUAACAAUAGCAAUGCAGAGAAACAAUGUAAUCCAAAUAGUACUACCAAAAUGGCUAGAGAAGGUCAAGGUUGUGAUGACGAAAUAGUAACCUGGAUGACUAAUCUGAUUAAAAGAAACUAUUUUAUGAAUGAAGUGAAAUGCAUCUCUAUCACUUGGGCUGUGGAAAAAUUUGGCCAGUAUUUACGUAACUCUGACUCACCAAGAUAA